UCAAAGGUCGGCUCUAGGUGCGCGUCACAGCUGCAGCUGGUUUCCAGGUUUUGCCACCAUGCCUCCUAAGAAGAAAGGAAAGGGGAAGGGUAAAGGGAAAGGAAAGAAGGGGAAAAAGGGAAAGAAAGAGAAGGACCCUGAUGCAGCCGAGGAGAAGUUUAAAAGAGCUCAACAUGAGAUUCAGUCCCUGAAGGACCACCUGGGUUUGCGGAAGGAGAUCGCUCGCCGUGCGGAGGCGACGGCCGCCGAGAUGAGACAGAAACUCCGGGGCGUGGAGGAGGAUCUGGACGACCAACGGGACGACCAGAAAUCCAUCAGCUCUGACUUGACCAGACAGUACAAGACCAUGCAGACAGAGCUGGGUUUACGGAUUCACACGCUGGAGACGGAAGUCACGCGGCUCCGACAACAGCUCGCCAACACGGAGGCAGAACUACGGGAGACCAAGAUCGAGAAGGAGAGAAUCACGCGAGAAAAGGACAGGACUAUUGAGGAGCUGAGGAUGAAAAUCGACAGUAUGGAGAUUUCCUAUGACGGGAUCGUACACGAUGCGUUGGACAACCUUCUGCACAAAAUGGACGAUGCCAAGCAGAAAUGGGAGAAGCAGGCCACCCAGAUUCAACUCAGGCACAAACACCUGCUGCUGGAGUUUGGCCUCAACCCCCUGGACAUAUAGUGCCUCCUAUCAGUUUGUGACAGUACUGCAGUACAUGCAAGGCAGAAAAUUGUACCUUCUGCAUGCUGAAACAGUUUUAAGUGUGUACAGUGGAAAUUUCUUCCCAAACUGGCUUUCUAUUAUGCAGGGCAAUGAAGGCUUAUGCAAAAGCUGAUAAUAUGUGCAAACUAUGCAAUGAAACUUGAGAUUUUAGUGUAAUAGCAAACUUAACUUUUUUAACAGUGAAGUACAAAAUGUAGACCCGGACAUUCCAGUUUUAGCUGUUUUUUCAAGCUGACUUUUUCCUGCAUAC